AUGGCGUCGUCGUCGUUUACGUCGUCGUCUAAUUCUUCUUUAGUCUCGAUCGUCAAAGCGUUGUCGUGUCUUUUGUUCUUGUCGUUCUCGAGCGUUUUUUUGGGGGUAACCGCAGAUACACUUUCAAAGAACGUAUCGUCAUCGGCGGCGAGGAAGAGAGAUGCGUCAUCCUCGUCGUCGUCGUCCGCGGCGGCGAGGAAGAGAGAAGAAGAUGCGAGAGUCGUGGAUCAGUUGGCGGCGAAUUUGAUGAUGAACGCUGGGGCGAGAAUGCAAAAUGAAAAAACGCCUCGAAACAACGGAACUUUUGCUUCUUCUUCUUCGACCAGAGACGCGAAUACUGGCAAUACCUUGGACGCUUCUUCUCCCGUUCGAACUCGUCCCGACGUUGACGCGGCAUUUCUUUAUCGAAUUAGCGGUGAAAUGGUAAGUAAAAUGCGAGCGAGGAUGCCUCGAGAGCUCGUCGAGAGAGGCGAUCCGGUUGCCGAAGCUCGAUACGCUUCGGCGAGGUGCGAGGAUUCCAGCGGAGGCAUCGCCUUGAAUUUCAUCUUUGAUUUCUUUGACGCGCUUUUGGACGCGGCUGGAUUUCGAGCGUACGACGACCAGACGAAUCGUAUGUACCAAAUGCAUUCGCGAUCGAAUAGGAGCGAUGGCAAUAGUAUCGUGAGUACGACGCGAGAAGCGAACGCGAUAACCGAGAACGACGACGACGAGAACGAAGCGAUUCCAAUGAUAAACAUAGAAGAUGCGUUCUACACGCGAGCUAAGUCGUUUUAUUUAGCGAAUAAAGACGAAAAAGAAAAUGAGGAGAGAAUACAUCGCGCGCUCGGGAAGUUCGAGGAAGGCGACGCCUUUGCGGCGUGUCCAUCGGAAAUCAACGCGUGGACUUGGCUGUUUUCAUUUUUUCAAUUAGAUUUGUCAAGCUUCGGCGGUGGUAUUGGCGGUAGCGGAAGCAACGGCACUAAUUCGACGGAUAAUGGAGAAGGAGUAGUAGGAGGAAGUCCUGGAAGUAUUGGAACUGGCGGCGUUACAUCAUCGCCUUCUCCGUCGUAUUCAUCAAACUACGAUUUGUAUCCUCCGGCGUCUUCGAGCGCUAUCAUCGUCGGCGGAAUCAAAAAGUGUACCGCGAAAAAUUGUUUGUAUCCUCGAGCUUGCUGCGACGUGACACAGACGGGCCACUUAUCGUGCGUGGCUCACUUUUCCAUGUGCCCAGAUUUUUGUGGUGUAAGCGAUGAUUUCAAACGUUGUGACUCGGGCCCGACGAAGAAAGCCUUUACCACCGAGUUCAUCGAUUCUUUCCGCCUGAAAUCGUUGGGCACAACGGAAAUAAGUGCGCUAAGAAAGAAAUUUGCAACCAAGUAA